AUGGACGCUGGUGAUGAAUUUUCCGACGAUGACCUUUUCGACCAAGUCACGGAGAAUGAUAUCCUCCAAUUGACGGGCGAAAAGCGUGCCAGGGGCAAUGGUGAGGAAGCCUCGGAAAAUCCCACCAAGAAGCCCCGUCCAGCCUCCAAUACAGCAGUGCAGCCCCCACUCUUUGACGAAUCCAAAGCUCAGCUUGCACAGAACCUGCUCGUGGAGAAAUUUCAAUAUAAGGAUUUUCGUCACGAGCAAAAGUCAGCUAUCAAUCGAAUCCUGUGUGGAAAGAAUACGUUGGUUAUCUUCCCCACCGGGGCAGGCAAGUCUCUGUGCUAUCAGGCAAGCAUAGACCAAAUACCGGCUAUUGCCUUCGAGGAGAUUGACCGCCAAAAUGAGCAGAGAGCCUCAGGCCAGUCGGGGAUCACCAUCGUCGUGUCGCCAUUGAUCGCCUUAAUGAAAGACCAAGUCGAUGUGCUUAAGAAAAAGGGCAUUGCUGCAGAGUUGUUGGUAUCUAGCAACGAUUGGUCAGAAACAAAACAGAUCUAUGACUCAAUUCGUCAAGGGACGCUUCGAAUAUUAUAUUGUGCCCCCGAGAGACUUAACAAUGAAGGUUUUGUCGAGAGUAUGACUAGAGUCAAAGGGGGUGUUCGUCUCGUUGCCGUGGAUGAGGCUCACUGCAUCUCCGAGUGGGGACAUUCCUUCCGCCCGGACUAUUUGAAAGUUGCCCGGUUUGUGCAAGAGAUCAAUGCGGAACGCGUGAUCUGUUUGACAGCUACAGCCACACCCAAGGUUGCUGAUGAUGUUUGCAAAGCGUUCAAUAUCACUGCAGAUGGCGUAUUUCGGACUUCUCCUUAUCGCCCGAAUCUGCGCCUUGAGGCUACUCCACUUGCAUCAGAGUCUGAAAAAAGGAAGCUUCUGUUUGAAUUUUUGGAAACCCACCCCGGUUCUUCUCUCGUUUAUGUCACACAGCAAAAGCAAGCUGAGGACCUGGCACGAGUUCUGCAGCAGAGGAACCUAAGUGCCGACUACUUCCAUGCGGGGAGAAAACCAGACGAGAAGAAGCUUGUCCAAGAUAAGUUCAUGGCUUCCAAAGUUCGAAUAAUCGUUGCUACCAUUGCUUUCGGGAUGGGCAUUGAUAAAUCGGGUAGAGAUCUCUCUCUCAGCAUAGCAGUGGUACUUUCACUAACUGGUAUAGAUCUACGAAACGUAAUUCAUUGGGACUUGCCCAACACCGUUGAAGAAUACUGUCAACAAGUUGGCCGUGCCGGUCGAGACGGUAAACAGAGUUACUGUAUGCUCUAUCUCUGUCCGAAUGACUGUAAAAUUAAGGAAAGCUUUAUCCGGGGUGACAUGCCGUCUAGGCAUUCUGUCCAAUCUCUUCUCGAAGAGAUAUUUGUCGAUAAACGUGAGGCUGUGCCAGGAGACACGUUCAAGGUCAGCCACGCUUCGCAAAGUUCCGAAUUUGAUAUUCGCCAGAGCACCCUAGGAAACAUCUACGCCACCCUUGAGCUGAGAUUCAAUUUGAUUCGCGCUAUUACUCCCGAAUACAACACAUACAAGUUUGAAGAAACUCCGAGUUAUGUGUCAACUCUCAAAGCAAAUAAGUCCGUGGAGGCGAAGGCAGUGCUCCAGUUUGCGAAGAAAGCCAAGAAGUAUUACGGCAUCGAUCUUAAAGCAGCGACCAAUGCCACAGGUGCUUCACGCAAUGACAUUGUGCGACUUCUGAAUGAUCUUAGCAAUUCCGGGGUCAUUCAACUUACUGUCGGUGGUGUUGAACAAAAGUACAAGGUUUUGAGCCGUCUUCCUCACACUGCAACUGAAAUCGACAACUUGGUUGGAAAAGUCUACCAGGAUCUCGAAAAGCGUGAGAAGCAAGCUCUUGAACGGGUACAGGGUGUUCUCGACUUUCUUGCGAGUCCAACAUGUUUCGCGCGUUUCAUCGCUGAACACUUCGGCAUGAGCCUGCCAGACGGAAAGAAGAGUUGCGGACAUUGCACACCUUGUUACACUGGCACAUCAAUGCAUCUGCCGACUCCGAAACCAAAGACAGUGGAUGAGAAGCAAAUUCGCGCUGUACUGGCGGCAACAAAGAUACGCGACGAUCCCCUUUUCCUUGCGAGAGUGGCCUUUGGAAUUUCUAGCCCGCGCGCAACCAAGUCGAAGUUGAGCAAGCAUCCCAUUUUCGGUUCGAUGGCGGAUGAUGAUUUCGAGAUGAUUUUGAAGGAAUUUGAAAAGGCCUGCAAAUGA